GCGACUGAACUGAACCCCUCCCCCGUUAUAAACAGCGCAACAAGUCCAGACUCCAGACCAGGCACGAGCAGCCAGCAGACCCCCGUCCGAUCCCGGCUGCUUGACCCCCGCUCCCGCGCCUCGUGCACUCCGCCUCCGCCUCCGCCGCCGCCAGAUCCGACAACCCCAGGUCGCAGUCGGGGAGCUGCCAUGGGUUCAGAGAACAUCGGCCCCAGAGAUGUCUGCGUUGUGGGGGUCGCGCGCACCCCUAUGGGUGGUUUCCUCGGCGCCCUGUCUUCCUUGUCUGCUACCAAACUCGGCUCCGUAGCUAUCGAAGCCGCUCUGAAAAGGGCGAAUGUGGAUCCAUCCCUUGUGCAGGAGGUCUUCUUCGGCAAUGUCUUGAGUGCUAACUUGGGGCAAGCUCCCGCGAGACAGGCUGCUUUAGGUGCAGGGAUACCGAACACGGUUGUUUGCACGACAGUCAACAAAGUUUGCGCUUCUGGCAUGAAAGCAACGAUGUUUGCUGCACAGUCGAUUCAACUGGGCAGCAAUGAUAUUGUAGUGGCAGGUGGUAUGGAAAGCAUGUCAAAUGCUCCGAAAUACAUCGCUGAAGCUAGAAAAGGUUCUCGCUUCGGACAUGACAGCCUUGUUGACGGUAUGCUUAAGGACGGCCUUUGGGAUGUAUAUGGCGAUUGUGCCAUGGGAGUGUGUGCUGAGCUUUGUGCUGAUAAUCAUGCUCUGACAAGGGAAGACCAAGAUGCUUUUGCUAUUCAAAGUAAUGAGCGGGGAAUUGCUGCUCGUGAUAGUGGCGCUUUUGCAUGGGAGAUCGUUCCUGUCAUUUUCUGCCUCUUUGCCAAUAUUAGUAACCAUUCCUUUAUUUGUUUUCCUAAUGCCCUCUGUCCUAUCUACCAGGUUGAAGUUCCUGUUGGCAGAGGAAAACAACCGGUACUUGUUGAAAAAGACGAGAGCCUAGACAGGUUUGACCCAGCGAAACUGAGGAAGCUCCGCCCAAGUUUCAAGGAGAACGCUGGCACUGUUACUGCUGGGAACGCCUCUAGUAUAAGUGAUGGUGCUGCCGCAUUAGUAUUGGUGAGUGGGCAGAAGGCUCAAGAACUUGGACUGCAAGUUCUUGCAAGGAUCAAAGGAUUUGCCGAUGCAGCUCAAGCUCCCGAACUAUUUACCACCACCCCGGCACUUGCCAUACCGAAGGCUCUCUCAAAUGCUGGCUUAGAAUCUUCAUCUGUUGAUUUUUAUGAAAUUAAUGAAGCCUUUGCGGCUGUUGCACUCGCAAAUCAGAAGAUUCUUGGAAUUCCUUCAGAAAAGAUUAAUGUACAUGGGGGAGCUGUGUCUUUAGGACACCCUCUUGGAUGCAGCGGUGCUCGCAUCUUGGUCACCCUUAUUGGUGUCCUCAGGGAGAAGGGUGGCAAAAUCGGGGUCGCCGGUGUCUGCAACGGCGGAGGCGGAGCAUCCGCACUUGUUCUCGAGCUUGCGUAAAAGUGCAACCAAAUCCUGUAACAACCAAAAGAUAAGAUAGUGCCUGGUUGGGUUCAUUGAGCAUGUACAAGAUAAAGGUUGGCAGUGGCCCUAUUUCAGGUGCUACUGUGUCAACAUGUAAAAUUGUUCCGAUAGGCGUCUGACAAGUAAUUUGGGUACCCAGUAAUUUGUGUUUGCAAUUUUGGGCCAGUUUCCGGGGCGACCUUUGUACUAUAGUUUACUCCAUUUUUCCUUGUAGCUAUCUGGAUGUUAUAAGCUUAUAAUAAUUUUCGCAAUAAAGCAAUGCUUAGUUCA